AUGGCUGUAGUUGAGAGCAAGGGACUGUUCAAGCACAUCAAUUCUUCCACCCGGUUGUUUUUCUAUUUAGUAGUGAGCAAGGAUUCUGUGACUGAGACUCAGAGGCUUCAUGGAAUCGAUGCACUGUACACGCUGCCUGGAGACUACACUAUAGGAGCCCUUUUCCCUUUUCAUAUGAUUCCUGUUGGGCUCACUCAUCGGUCAAAGCCUGAAGAGGUGACAUGUGAUAGCUUUUACUCCGUUGGUUAUGGGAUGUUUCUGGCGAUGACGUUUACAAUUGAUGAAAUAAAUAACUCCACCUCUCUUCUGCCUGAUGUGCAGCUGGGUUAUGAAGUCUAUGAUGACUGUUACGAGACAAUGGUCUCCCUCCUGCCCAGCCUUCUAUUCUUAUCGAAAAACAAGAGUAAUGGGAUUGAUGUACUCUGCAAUUACACAAAGUACAGGAACCGCGUGAUCGCUCUGUUGGGACCCUGGACAUCGGAACAAGUGAUAGCUACAGCCAAAUUAUUCAGCUUAUUUUUAGUUCCACAUAUAAGUUAUGGGGCCUCAAGUGAGGAACUGAGCAACAAGAAGCUCUACCCAUCAUUCCUGAGAACAAUGCCGAGCGAUCGAAACCAAGCCAUGGCCAUUGUUUCCAUCGUCAAAGAGUUCAACUGGAAUUGGAUUGCUGGAAUUGGGAGUGAUGAUGAGUAUGGGCGGCAGGGCAUGGAAUUGGUUCAGGAGUUUGCAUUGCUCCAAGGCAUCUGCAUAGGCUACAUUGAGAUGAUUCCCAUCUACCGCGGACUAGCCAGCACCAAGCAAAAAAUCUCUGAAAUUGUGGGCCGGAUCAGGCAGAUGAAUGUCAACGUUAUCAUCCUCUUCUCCAGUGAGGGACCUGCUCAUGAAUUAUUGAAACAGGUGGUUAAGGUGAACAUCACCAGGAAAGUCUGGAUUGGAAGCGAGGCCUGGGUCAAGGCAGCCAUUGUUAUUUACACACCAGAUAUUGAACGCAUUGGCACUGUGAUUGGCACAGUCAUUAACAGUGGGAGCAUGCCAGGUUUCGAGAGUUACGUUUUAAAUCACCUUACUAAUAUCAGGGACACAAGGGAACGGAGCCUCAGUGCACAACACAGUGGCAAUCAGUCUUUUCCUUUUUGGCCGUACCCCUCAGAAUCUUCUGAUCAGCUGCUCAGUGCCAUUCAGCAACUGGGCCCCAACAAUAUGUCCGUGGUGUUGGAUCAGCCAGUGAGACGGUCCACGUUCAGUGUAUACACAGCAGUGUACAGCAUUGCACAUGCAAUCCAUGCCUUGCUCAAGUGCCACAAUGGAAGAUGCCAAAAUACAGCCAGAUGGUACAACUGGCAGCUGCUGGAAGAGUUGAAGCAAGUUAAUUUCACCAUCAAUAACACCACCAUUCACUACGAUGCUGCAGGAAACCCACAACGCGGUUACGACAUCAUAACCUGGAUCCAGCAUGCAGGACAGCUCAAACUACCAGUGAUCGGCAACUACAAAGAUCACUUGACCAUCCACACAUCCCAGAUUCAGUGGAAAACAGUUGACAAAACAGUACCUCCAUCCUAUUGUUCCAAGAGCUGUGGCCUGGGGCAGAAGAAAAUUGCCAUCAGCCUUUAUUCCUGCUGCUUUGAAUGUGAAGAUUGUCCAGGAGGAACGUUCCAGGACUUGACUGAUGGCUUUUCAUGCAAUGACUGCCAAUCUGAUGAGUGGUCGCCACCAAAUAACACUUUCUGCUUUAAGAAAACCCUGCAGUACCUGUCCUGGGUCUCACCUGUUGGUGUGGCUAUGCUCCUGAUAAUGGUGCUCAACCUCGCUCUGAUAUUAGCUGUCAUGGUGGUCUUUCUGCUGAAUUCUAGCACUCCAAUUGUGGAAGGUACUGGAGGGAAGAUGAACAUGGUCAUCUUAACCUCACUGGCUCUCUUAGGCUGCAGCACAUUGUUGUACCUCGGUGAACCCUCUGAACUUACCUGCAAAUCACGUCUGCCAGUCACUGCCUUCAGCCUCACCAUCUGUAUCUCAACUCUCCUAGUCAACUCAAUGCAAAUCUUGCUCAGCACUGAGCUCACUGGUUUAACUAAGUCUUUGUUGCACAAAUGUAAAUGCAUUGGCUGGUACAUCAUCAUCUCCGUCAGUCUUGGGGGGCAAGGUGCCAUUUGCUAUUUUUGGCUAAACACAGAUGGUGACUUUCUGAUAAAGACCACAGGCAAUUCUGAAGAUGCUCUUGUCCUCUUCUGUAAGAGUGAUUCAGAGGUAAUGUUCUGGCUAAUGUUGGGGUACAGUGGCCUACUGGCAUUGGUUUGUUUCAUGUGUACCUUUUUGAUCCAGACACCAGCUCAAACCUACAACCUGGCCCGAGAGAUCACUGUCUCCAUGCUCUUCUAUACUACCAUCUGGCUUUGCUUCGUCCCAAUUCACCCGGCAGUAAGCAAGAAACAUGCACCCAUCAUUCAGAUUUCUGCCUCACUCCUCAGUUCUUUCGCAAUUCUCAGUGCUUAUUUCAUCCCAAAAUGUUUUGUUAUUUGGUUUAAACCACAGUACAACACUCCUGAAUAUUUUCAAAUUUAUGGUCUGCAAAUUUUAACAAGGAAGGAAUGUCAAUGA